CAAGUUGGUAUUACUUUAAAUGCAGUCAUUUUUUUGAGUGUUUCAUUAGCUGUUUUUUUGUUUGCUUUCAUUUUUUAAAAAUUCCUGAGAGUAUUCCAUUGUAUCAGCAAACCACACUUUGAAAAAGUCUAUUCUGCUAUUAUAGAUAUUUGUGGGGUUCCCCCCCAUUUUUUGGCUUAUUAUGAAGAAAGUUGCUUAGGAACAUUUUUGAAUAUAGGAGAUGCUAUGGUUUGAAUAUUUGUGUCUUUCAAAAUUCAUAUGUUGAAACCUAACCUCCAAGGUAAUGGUAUUAGGAGGUGGGGCCUUUGGGAUAUGAUUAGGUCAUGAGGGCAGAUCCCCCAUGACAGGGAUUAAUGCCUUUAUAAAAGAGGCUCUAGAGAGAUCCCUUGCCACCUUCCACCAUGUGAGGACACAGCAAGAAGCUGGCAGCCUGCAAGCCAGAAGUGGGCCUUCACAGGAACCCAACUGUGCUAAUGCCUCGAACUUGGACUUCCAGCUUCCAGAACUGUGAGGAAUAAAUUCCUGCUGUUUAUAAGUCAUCCAGUCUGUGGUAUUUUGUUGUAGCAGCUCAAACAGACCAAGACAGCAGGAUUUGUACAUACUAUUUUCAUAUGUAAUUUUCAUAUAUAUAUAUAUGUGUAUAUGUGUGUGUGUGUGUGUGUGUGUGUGUGUGUGUGUGUGUUUAUUUAUUUAUUUAUUUAUUUAUUUAUUACUAAUUUUUGGAAGUUAUUUAUUCUGGACUUGGGUUCUUUGCCAGAUGCAUGCUGUAUAUUUUGAAAUUUCACAUAUAAUAUUACCUUGGAGGGGUUUUUUGGCUUAGCUCCUUCAAAGACUAAAUUUAAAGGAGGAGAAAAGAGUGACUUGAUUUAUAGAGUGAAGGCCAAAAAAAACCUUGCAGCCAGGUUUUUUUGUUACCUUUCCCAAAGCGACAUGUUAUAUAUUAUUUUGGCUGUUUUUUUAAAAACAAAACACAAAAUAAACCCAUUAAAUAAUACAUAGAAAUUGGGAAAUUUAUAAAAUAAAGAAAACCAUAAAGGAGAAAAUAAAAAAUCACUUGUAAUCCAACUAUCAAUGAAAAGUAGAGUUGAAUUUUAAUGAAUUUCCUUCCAGUCAUGUAUAUGCAGAAAUAUUUAUUCUCUUUCAUAAAAAUCAAAUACAUCAUGAGACUGCAUUAGUUUUAAAAAGGAAAUAAAUGUAUACAUAGGUCUUUGCGAGGACAUAGAUUUAUUGCCCCCUUUCAUAAAUAUUUUGUUUUUUUCUCAAAAUAAAACAUUUAACUCUUGACUGAUUUGAUAAAGUGUGGCUAUCAGGGUUGUUUUUUUGUUUGUUUGUUUUUAUAUGAAUAUUUUGAUUACAGUUCCAAAGACUGGUUUAAAAUAAAAAAUAUUUAGAACACCUAUUCUUGUACUAAUGGUGGUAGUAAAACAGCUUGUAGUUUUAUUGCACUUUUAUUACAUUUUUAAUUCUUUCAAGUCAUCAGCCAAUGUAAUAUAUUUUUAUCAGCGUAACCAUCUAGUUUUAAACAUGAGUAACCUGGGAUGUAGAGAUAGUAAGUUACAUGGCCAAAUUCACAAGGAGUUGGAAAAGACUGGACUCCUGACUUUGGCAAAUGCCUUUUCUAUUUAUUGAACUAAAGCUUCCUUAUUUUCAUUUAAUAUUUCUUAAGCACUCAAAAAUGGGAGUUCAAAAAUACAGUCUAUGACGAAUGGUUUGGCUGGAGCUCAAGUUGUUUGGGGAGAUGUAGAAUAGUGGUAUCAGAUUGGAAAGGCAAUUGGGAGCCAUUGACUCUUCUUGAACAGUGGAGUACCGUAAUAAAGUAUAUGGUACUGGAUAUUCAAUCAGGCAGAAAUAAAUAUACUAGAAAAAUGAGUAAGAUUAGAAGUCUAGAUGAUAUUUAAUGAUGGCCUAAUGUAAAGUAGUAAAAACUGAAGAGGAAGUGAAUUUGAGAGCUGUUGUAGAAAUAGAUUUCUAGGAAAUGGUGCCUAAGAACAGUGUAUUGAGAGAGAGUGGUCAAAAUGAUUUCUAAGUUUCAUUCUUGAGUGCCUAAAACAUUGGGAAGAACAAGACAGGCUUAGUUGGUGGGGAAAUUAAUUUUGAGUGCUCUGGUUGAAAUCUCAACAGGACAUCUAGGUCUUGUAGUUGUGUGACAGCCGGUAAAUUAUAGAUGGAAAGGGGAGCUUGGGGAUGAAUUUAUGGCUGGUGACACAGGCAGAGAAAUCAUUUGUGUAGAGGGAAUAAUUGAUGCCAUAUCACAUUCUCAGGUACCUUCACUGGCCUCAGAAAGUAUCAUAAUAACUGUGUGUGCCUUAGACUGGGCAGUCACAGUAAGAGAGGGCAUUUUAGAUUCAGGAGCCUAGCCUCAAGCAAUGCAACAUGAUUGGUAGGAAAGCACAGGUUAUUUUAAUUGCGUGAGAAAAAAGUAAAGUUGUGUACUCCCUAUGUGAUAAAUAUUGGGAAGUCUCCUUUAUUUUACAACAAUCCCAUGAAAUAGGUAGUAUGAUCCUCAUUUUACAGAUGAUAAAACUGAGUCUGAGAGAGGCUAAGUAAUAUUAGAGCUAGGAUUUGAACUAGAUGAGUGUUCAGUCCACUGGUCCUUUUACUAUGCCACACUUUGCCAUGUUUUCCGAUAAGACCUGUUCAAAAUGGCUAUCAGGCUUCUUCUCAAUAGGUGUUUUAGUUUCUUGUCUUUGUAUAAGUGUAGUGCUUCAGAUCUUGAAAUGUAAUUAAUUGAGUUCUGGUUAUGGCUACCCAUUUGCCUGCAAUGAGAAAGCAUGUGUGUGAAACAAAAAAUGCAAAUUGGAUCACAUAACAUAUAUCUCCACUCAGGUAUGCAUACCUUCUGGAAUGCUUUCAAGUACCAACUUUUGUUUAUUUUCUUUUACUCUGUUGGGUCUGUGGAACUUUAUUGAGAAGGAUGAAUUGAAAAUCCAGAGACACUUGGAGGAAAAGAUACUAAAAAUAAGCAUUUUCUAAUUAGCUGAAAUUUGUCAUCAUUCAUAACAUUACCAGAAGAGCCACAAUAAAAUCUCACUUUGCAUUGUUUUAAGUAGGCACAAACAAGAUUGCGUAUUCUGAGAUACAAAGGCUAAUUUAUACCGUGGAACUUCCUCUAAUUUUCAAGCCUGGUGGAAACGGUACCUUUACUUUUCCAUCUUUUGUUAUAUGUUUGUGUACUGUGUCUCAGCAAACUAGAAGCAAGAUGAGGAAUCUUGAAACUAAGGUAGUGUAAAAUACAGGAAUAAUAAAAUUCCUCUUUUGUGUGUACACAAGGGUAAAAUUCUCUUGAUUUUUAAGUUUGCUUGUUAUUUUGGUCAUCUUUCUUAAUAUUGGUCACUAUCCAGUGAAUCAUGAGAGAAAAUUAAUGCUGAAUAUUUAGCCUUUUAGCUAGAACUUCUUGUGCUGCUGAAUUGAUUCCUCAGUUGCCUUGCACUCUUAACACACUUUCAUUCUUUAACAUUGCUCUUCGUUCCUUGGGAAAAUGCUACAAGGAAAUAGGAAUUUUCUCUCAGCAUUACCCCUCUGGCAGGGUGUUUCAAUUUAAAUCCCGGGCUGGCUCUCUGUUCGGGUUACUACCCCUUCUCCUUACUGGCAGUUUGAGUUAUGUUCCUCUACCAAAAGGGGGGAUUCCAGUGAGACGAGGAAACAGCUUUGAAACACUGCGCUGCAGGCGUGUUCAGUUAUUCCCCCACUGUGCGGUCUGGAAAUCGGGGAGUGCCUCUCUGGUGAUGAAUCCGAAUGAGCUGCUGAAGAUGCCAGAGUGUGUGCCUGCACAGGCAUUUUCUUUCCCAUCCCCCACUGCUUCCCUUUCCCAAGCCCCCUCUCUCCCCAGUUCCCCUCCUACUCCUUUAUCCCCUCCCUCCGCGUCUCAGUUCUGCAGUAAACCAGGCUGAGGCACAUUCCUGCUUUGCAAGGCUUUCUGUUAAGGAUGUUUUGUGGCUUUUGUUUGGAUUGCAGCAUGCAGAAUUACAGCUGUUCAGAGGAGACUCAUUACAACUCCUGCUGAAGCUCCUAAUUUUCUUCCCUUCUCUUCUGCCCCUACUCCCUACCCUCAUUGGCCUGAAGACAUUGUACCCAGCAUUUGCUUUACUCCCCUGGCACUAUGUGUAUGGUAAACCUGAUACUAUGGCCGCGUCUGGGACUGGCCAGACGACGGCUGCUGGCUCUCCCUAUUCCAAGGAUUUAAAGGGGGAUUGUACUGCAGGCAAUGCAUCAGAGCAGCACCAUCGUGAGCCUGGGGACUGAGGCUCCUUGGGCAUUAUUACAAACACACAGAGCUGACCGCAAUGACAGCAGCUGCUCCUUUGAACUGUUGGCAGCGGCCAAGCGGCAGCAUGAAGUGAGAGAUUACUCCUGAGCUCAAGAUGAACUCCACCUUGGAUGGUAAUCAGAGCAACCACCCUUUUUGUCUCUUGGCAUUUGGCUAUUUGGAAACUGUCGAUUUUUGCCUUUUGGAAGUGUUGAUUAUUGUGUUUCUAACUGUAUUGAUUAUUUCUGGCAACAUCAUUGUGAUUUUUGUAUUUCACUGUGCUCCUUUGUUGAACCACCACACUACAAGUUAUUUUAUCCAGACUAUGGCAUAUGCUGACCUGUUGGUUGGAGUCAGCUGCCUGGUUCCUUCUUUAUCACUCCUCCACUACCCGCUUCCAGUAGAGGAGUCCUUGACUUGCCAGGUGUUUGGUUUUAUAGUAUCAGUUCUGAAGAGUGUCUCCAUGACCUCUCUGGCCUGUAUCAGCAUCGAUAGAUAUAUUGCCAUCACUAAACCUUUAACCUAUAACACCCUGGUUACACCCUGGAGACUACGCCUGUGUAUUUUCCUGAUUUGGUUAUAUUCCAUCCUGGUCUUUCUGCCUUCCUUUUUCCACUGGGGCAAACCUGGAUAUCAUGGAGAUGUGUUUCAGUGGUGUGCAGAGUCCUGGCUCACCGACCCCUACUUCACCCUGUUCAUCGUGAUGAUGUUAUAUGCCCCAGCAGCACUCAUUGUGUGCUUCACUUAUUUCAACAUUUUCCGCAUCUGCCAACAGCACACAAAGGAAAUCAGCGAAAGGCAAGCUCGCUUCAGCAGCCAGAGUGGGGAGACUGGGGAGGUGCAGGCCUGUCCGGACAAGCGCUAUGCCAUGGUUCUGUUCCGGAUUACUAGUGUGUUUUACAUCCUCUGGUUGCCAUACAUCGUCUACUUCUUGUUGGAGAGCUCCACUGGCCACAGCAACCGCUUCGCAUCCUUCUUGACCACCUGGCUUGCCAUUAGUAACAGUUUCUGCAACUGUGUCAUUUAUAGUCUCUCCAACAGUGUCUUCCAAAGGGGACUAAAGCGCCUCUCGGGGGCCAUGUGUACUUCUUGCGCAAGUCAGGCCAUAGCUAAGGACCCUUACACAGUUAGGAGCAAAGGCCCUCUUAAUGGAUGCCAUGUCUAAAGAGGUUCAGAUAUUGGGUCAUUGUAUGUAUGUGUGGGGAGAGGGCAGAGGGGGGGUCCCUUUUUCUCUCUUUGUAUUCCUUGUUCACUAGAAAAUCUGGGACAAAAUAAUUUGAGCAAUAGGAAACAAUCCAUCCAAAAAACCCUAAGUUUGCAGAAAUGAUUUUUCUUUAAAAGCGCUUUUAAAUCAGAAGAAUCAGGACCAUGAAGAUAAAUUGCUCUUGGUUCCAAUGUUUGUAAUGCCAUGGAAAUGACUGAAAUUCUCAGAUUUAAAAUGAAUAAAGUCAUAUCUCACACCUCUCCGGCUGGCAUGACUAAACAUGGGUGUGAAAAGCGUCACCAUUUUAAAAUACCAUCAUUUUCUUGUGGCUCUUCUGGGUUUAUUCCAGUUGUUUGGGCUUCAUAUGCAAUUGAUUUCUUUUAACAGCAAAUAUUAAAAUACGGCGAUGAAUUAACAGGGUUUUAAAAUUUUGUUUAUGUAUGCCUACGUAUAACACUGCAAGUUUCAGCACUGUCAUUUAGAUAUCCAAAUGUUUUAUGUCUUAUUCUCUUGAGAGAAUUCUCAAUACAGUGAAUAAUGUGGACACCUAACUACUAAUUUUAGAAUUUUGCAAUGAAAGUGAUGCAAAAAUGCAGUCCAAUACUAGACAAUUUAUGAAGAACUGAGCUACUUUUUGUGUCAUGUUUGAGAGAUCUAAAGAAAUGUGUGCAUUGAAAGUGAUUACGGUAUUUUUGCACAUGCCUUUGUGUAUAUGUGUAUUGAGAAUAUUUGAAUUGAGUUAGAUUUCACUUUUACAGUAAAAUGUACAUUUAACUAGUUCAUUUUUAAAAUAGAAGAGGAUUAAUUGAGAUGUUCUCUUUGUGGUUAAAUAGAAUCAACUACUAAAGUAGCAACUAAUUCUUUUUUAAAGAAUUCUUUUAGUUAGUGUUAAGGAGUCUACAUUUGCAUAAGAGGAGAAAUUCUGAUUUGUCUAUGUCUCCUUUACUGCUGUAAUCCUUUGGAUACAGUUACUUUCUUAAUAGUCUUUUUCUUUUCUUUUUAAGCCAAAGUACUAGCCAAAUCUGUAGGAUUUUAUUAUUGUAUAGAAUUAUUAAUUGAGAAUGCAGUGUAUUUGUAUGUAGUAGUGAUGUUUUGUUCUUAGAUGAUUAUCUUUAUAGCAAGAGGUUUAUUUUCUGAAAGGAGAGAAGGGUUUCCCAGCAGCUCCAGGAAUGAGUAUUCCUUGACUUAUCUGCUGGUUUUAAUGUUUUGGAAGCCUUCAGAAGGGGAACUUAUGUGAUCUUUGACUUUGGCUAGAAGUUGUAAUCUGAAUGCUAUAGUGAUGUUUAGUGAGAUGGAAGAUGGAAGAAACUCAAGGGACAUAAGUGAAAGUAGAUUUUUGAAUCUAAUAAAUGACAUGGAUAUUUAUAAUAUAGGCAGAUAAUGCUUUGGUUUUUCCAUCAUAAUAUGAGGAAAGUUCCUACCCCUU